GGGUGACAACCACAGUGCUCUCUGUGCCCUCACCCCAGUCCCUCCGCUGCUAACAUAGCACCAGGCCAAGAACAUGGACAAGCUGCUGCUUCUGGUCUCUGCCCUUGCCAGUCUCCUGGGGGCCUUUGCUCACACAGACCUCAGGGGGAAGGUAUUUGUGUUCCCUCAAGAAUCUUCUACUGACCAUGUGACCUUGACUCCAAAGAUGGAGAAGCCUCUGAAGAGCUUUACCUUGUGUUUCCGAGCCUACAGCGACCUGAGCCGUGCCCACAGCCUCUUCUCCUACAAUGCCCGGGGCAAGGACAAUGAGAUCCUUGUCUUCAAGGAAAGAGUUGGGGAGUACUCCCUGCACAUUGGAAAAACCAAAGUCACCUUCAGAGUUGCCGAGGUGUUCCCCAGCCCCACGCACAUCUGUGUUACCUGGGAGUCUUCCACAGGCAUUGCUGAGUUUUGGGUCAAUGGGAAGCCACUGGUGAAGAAGGGCCUGAAGCAGGGCUACUCAGUGGCGACUCAGCCCAAGAUCAUCCUGGGGCAGGAGCAGGAUUCAUAUGGAGGGGGGUUUGACGUGAACCAGUCCUUCGUGGGGGAGAUCGGGGACUUGUACAUGUGGGACUCUGUGCUGUCCACACAACAGAUCCUGUCUGUGCAGCAAGGAUCCUACCUCCUUGAUCCCAACGUGCUGGACUGGAGUGCUCUGGACCAUGAGAGUCAAGGCUACGUGGUCAUCAAGCCCCUGGUCUGGGACUGAGGUCUUCAGUCAACAGGAGCCCCUGAGAGC